AUGUCCUGGAAGCUCACUAAAAAAUUGAAGGAGACGCAUCUGGCGCCCCUGACCAACUUCGGUCGAUCGUCCUCUACCUCGACGAUCAAGGGCGACUCAAAUGGGGACGAGGCUCAAACCCCUGUGGCCUCUAACCCGCCUAGCAUCUCCUCCGGCGCCCCGUCAACAAACGGAAUUUCGGCUUCGGAAUCUCUCGUCUCCCCGCCUGUGGCUCCCGUGAACCCGGGUAUUCUCAUCGUCACUCUCCACGAAGGACGCAAUUUUUCUCUGUCCCCUCAUUUCCAGCAGAUCUUCAACUCGCAUUUCCAGAACAACUCUUACGCACCAUCGUCCUUACGCCCUAGCACCUCCUCUUCGUCACAUUCAUCCCAGAAUCAGCAAGGCUCCUAUGUGCCCUCAGGCCGCCCACAAUCCACAAGUGGGGGAAUAAAUGCCGCCCCCACUAUCCACGGUCGCUAUUCCACCAAAUACCUUCCUUAUGCCCUCCUUGAUUUCGAAAAGAACCAGGUCUUUGUGGAUGCCGUUUCGGGUUCUCCCGAGAGUCCAUUGUGGGCAGGUGACAGCACAGCGUUCAAAUUCGAUGUGUCCCGGAAGACCGAGUUGAAUGUGCAGCUGUACUUGCGUAACCCUGCUGCCCGGCCUGGUGCCGGUCGUAGUGAGGACAUCUUCUUAGGCGCAUGCAAGGUCCACCCUAAGUUUGAGGAGGCCCAACAACCAUAUGUGGAGGAUCCUAAGCUGAGCAAGAAGGACAACCAGAAGGCCGCUGCGGCUCAUGAAGAGCAGGCUCGUCAAGCUGGUGGGCCUGGUCAGUCGGGUGCCGAAUGGCUGGAUCUUCAAUUCGGUGCUGGCUCGAUCAAGAUUGGUGUCUCGUUUGUGGAGAACAGGCAGCGCAGUCUUAAGAUGGAAGACUUUGAUUUGCUCAAGGUCGUCGGAAAGGGUAGUUUCGGCAAGGUCAUGCAGGUCAUGAAGAAGGACACCGGCCGAAUCUACGCCCUCAAGACCAUCCGCAAGGCUCAUAUUAUCUCACGAUCUGAAGUCACACAUACACUUGCUGAGCGAUCUGUGCUUGCACAGAUCAACAAUCCGUUCAUUGUUCCACUGAAGUUCUCAUUCCAGUCGCCUGAGAAGCUGUAUCUUGUUCUGGCUUUUGUGAAUGGUGGAGAGUUGUUCCACCAUUUGCAAAGGGAACAGCGAUUUGACAUCAACAGAGCCCGUUUCUAUACCGCAGAGUUGCUGUGCGCUCUCGAGUGUCUGCAUGGGUUCAAGGUUAUUUACCGAGAUCUCAAGCCUGAGAACAUUCUUCUGGAUUACACUGGACAUAUUGCUCUUUGUGAUUUCGGUCUUUGCAAGCUGGACAUGAAGGACGAGGAUCGGACAAACACCUUCUGUGGAACUCCUGAAUAUCUCGCCCCCGAACUUCUCCUUGGCAAUGGCUACACCAAGUCCGUCGAUUGGUGGACUCUAGGAGUCCUGCUCUAUGAGAUGUUGACUGGUCUUCCUCCAUUCUAUGAUGAGAACACCAACGAGAUGUACCGCAAGAUCUUGCAAGAGCCUUUGACUUUCCCUACCAGCGAUAUCGUCCCUCCCGCCGCUCGGGAUCUUCUUACCCGCCUGCUGGACCGUGAUCCCGUGCGCCGACUGGGCGCCAACGGUGCCGCUGAAAUCAAGUCGCACCACUUUUUCGCCAACAUUGACUGGCGCAAGCUUCUCCAGAGAAAGUACGAGCCCAGCUUCCGGCCGAACGUGUUGGACGCCCGUGACACGGAUAACUUCGACCGCGAGUUCACUUCCGAGGCACCCCAGGACUCCUACGUCGAGGGUCCCGUCCUGUCGCAGACCAUGCAGCAACAGUUCGCAGGCUGGUCCUACAACCGACCAGUGGCUGGUCUCGGCGACGCAGGUGGCAGUGUCAAAGACCCAUCCUUCGGUAGCAUCCCGGAGUAG